GUCCCCACAUACAGAGCUGUCUCAUGCACACUGUGCACAGUAAGCGCACAUAGUAUUGCGGUGCAUAGUAUUACUAUUGUGCAUACAGAUGAGGACAAAUGCUUUGAACAAUAUGAGAACUCACUGCCUGAAUCUCAUAUACGAAUGGACACCACUGGAUGUUUAAAGCGCAACCCUCACAUUUUGCAGACCGCAGAUAUCUGCAGCUAUGUAAAUGUCUCGCGGCACUGGAGCGCGGAGAAACACAAGGGGACCCAAUGAACCACCAAUAAUGAUGAUACAGCGGACAUACAGAUUAUAAAGCUACAAAAGGCAAGACUGAAAAAAACAAACAGGAUGAGGAUACCAUCACCAGGCUCUCUUUUCUCAGCCCCAGAUGCCUCCACUCCCUCUUGACGAGCGCAUAGUGGUUGUUCAGCGCCCCAAAAGUUUGGCCCUGCGUGUGGCCUCCCCACCGACCACCUCUCAUUCUUCCUCAUCACACCGACCGGCCGCAUACAACGACCCCUCAUCCCGCUUACCACAACCCCAACCCCCUACAUCCCGCUCCCAUCCAGGUACUAACUUCCUGUCUCUGGAAUGCAAGCGCAGGCAAUCGUCCCAUGUUCAGAGAGAUAAAAGAGAUCGAGGUGCCCUCUUUGAGGGCAGCGGACACAAUGCUAGCCAUUGUCACAGCAAUGGGACUGUAACUUUGGCUCCCAGACUUCACAAGCACACACAUACCAUUGACAUUAAAGUGUCUGUGGACAAGGGUGGAAGAGGAGGUUCGUAUAUAGACAAAGGGGGCAGUAGUAGUCUUACCCAACGUGGAAGCAUUAAGACCAGUCGAACAAAAAAGGUAUCGCUUCACUUAGAUCCAGGUCAAGGUGACAGGAAAUGCAAAGGAAAGUCUUCCGAGUUAGUGGAGAAUCACCAGAACUAUCAUCAGAAUCAAAACAGGAUUCAGCACGGUAGACAUCUUCAGAACCAACUCACUGUUUCUCCUGGUGGGAUCUUGGAAUUUGUUCCAGCCCAAAGACAGCAAACCAAAUCCAAGCUAUCAAGAGAGAACGAGUUAUCAUUAAAGUCUUGCUCCGCCACUGCCAGCUACCCCUCUCGUAGUGACAAGGAAGUAUUAUCUGUAGGAAACAAAGAAAACUCCAAACUGGGACCCGGUCAUCAACUGCCCCACGCCCACAGCCUAUCCCGUCACCAUGGUUCAGUCCCGUUACCCCAUGCUGCCAUCCUAAACUCACAUUACCCUGCUGUCCCACCCCAACUCCCUUCCCGGGCCCCAUCCUCUUAUCAGCACAUCGGUCAGCCUCGUCCCUCACGCACUAGAGAACAUCGUCCCCAAAUUCUUCACGCCUUGCCUCUCUCACCCACUUCUUCUCGAGGAGGUUUCCCUAGUCCAGAUCACACAUGUACUAUUGACUUUUCUCAUCCUUGUGGUUGCUGGAGACUGGUGCGUUGUAGAAGAGGGAGAGGUCACUCAGCUGGCUGCCACGGAUAUAGCACGAGCACAUCGUCGUCAUUCUCUCACACCCAAGGAACUAGUGCUGUGAACGGAGGUGGCGGAACCAUGGGACUGAAGACUUUAGGAGGGUGUCUGUCUACUGCUUCCACCACUAACACUUCCUCUUCAAACAGCACUGUCUCAGACUGCCGCACAGGGCUUCUCAGACCCUUGGGUUGUGCAUCCUGUUCUGGGGAAGCUGGAGGUUUUGAAAGUCCUGGAGCCUUUCGUAAGAAGCUUGUUGGCGGUUGUCUUCCCUGUACACCCCUUUCUUCAUCUGCACCUCUUCGAGCACUCCAAAGUUGCGUCAGUGGCUGCAAUCCCAAAGCAAGCCAAACUGGAAGCUCCACAUGCAGCUACUGCAGUAGUGACCCCAUUGUAGUGACCUUUAACCCGCACAGAGGGAAUCCUCCCAAUAUGGGCCUUAAUGUUGGUGCACAUACCAUGGAAGGAUACCAGCCCGAUGAUGAUGAUUACAGUGUACGCACAAUCUGGCCUGAGGAACUAGCAAAAAAGAUGACUUGCUCUAAAAGUCAACCAAACCAUCACAAUGCAGGGAUCGGGAUGGGUUCAGGGAGGGGCCGCAUUGGCCAAAACCAGAACAAUGGCACUGGCAACAAUCCUGUAAUCCUUGACUGCCGAAACCUUAUGGAGUUUACACGUUCUCAUCUGACAGAUCAGGCAGGACGUCGGAGGCUCCAGCAAGGCAAGAUGGCGGUUUUGGACUUUAUCGGAUCAGGUAGCAGUAGAGACCAGGGGAGAGAUUCCCUGAAGCGGCUUUGGAACAAAGGAGGAGAUGCUUGCAUGGGGGAUGGCAAUGGGUUUGAUGAUGAAGUUCUUCCACAAUCUCCAUCCCUGCGCUCUCCCUCUUCAGAUUCUCCUCCUUCUUUUUCACCCCCACCCUCUGCCCCCAGCACCCUCAAUAAGCCCAAACCUAAACAGAGAGAGAGAGAGGGCGGACACACCUUGCCAUCUGCACAAUCACUCCACCUGGUCCUCAACAGAGAACAAGAAGAAGAAAAUGGUCGAGUGCACCUCUACCUCCCCCUCUCCUCCUCCCUCCCAGCAUCACUGUCCGAGGAGAGUGUGAUGACCCCGGAUGUUGAAAAUGCCGUAAUCAGUCCCAUCCUUCCUUUCCUUUUCCUGGGGAACGAGAGAGAUGCACAGGAUUUGGACCUUCUGCUUCGGCUCAACAUUGGUUUUGUGGUCAAUGUCACAACCCAUCUUCCCCUAUACCAUCUUGACACGGGCCUGGUGCGUUACAAAAGGCUUCCUGCUACUGACAACAGCAAGCAGAACCUGCGGCAGUAUUUUGAGGAGGUGUUUGAGUUCAUUGAGGAAGCUCGCCAGUGUGGACGGGGCGUUCUUGUACACUGCCAAGCAGGCGUGUCCCGCUCAGCGACCAUUGUCAUUGCUUAUCUGAUGAAGCACACCCUCAUGACCAUGACCGAUGCCUAUAAGUACGUACGAGGUCGGCGGCCAGUCGUCUCCCCCAACCUCAACUUCAUGGGCCAGCUGCUAGAAUUCGAGAGAGACCUCAACUCCGGGGUAACACCUCGUAUCCUCACCCCCAAACUGAGUGGCCUAGAAACCCAAGUUUAAAAGAGUGAAGAGUGGAGCAAGAAAAUUGUAAAAAGAUGAAAUCAGACUGUAGAUAAGAAAUUAAAAGCGAGAGCUAACAGUGAUAACACGAGAGGCAAACAGUCGAAACGAAACAGGUGUCUUGGUCUAAAUUAAUUGACGUACUUCAACUAGUUUGAGUCUUUGUUUCAUAAAAAUAGCGCUUAAUUGAUGUUUGUGCUACCCACCUUUAUCCUGAUACUGUGUUAAUGAUGUGCCAAGUUUUAUUGCAGACUCAUAGCGUUCUAGAAAUGAAAUUACCAUUACAACUCAAUCUGCUUAAAUUAUUAUUGUAUUAUAAUUGCUACUAUUAUGAAGCUUUAUUAAAAAAAAGUUAGAUAUGCUGUAUAAACUAUACAAAUAUUGAGGGUAAAGUACUGAGACUCUGCACAGAACAAUGCACACUGAGAAUCACAGAACUGUGACAAGCAUCACAUUCGAGACCCAAGACCUGUAGCAAACUUUAAACUCCUUUCUCACUGUGCACAGCACUUUUCUAGAUAAUUCAAAGGCACUUUUUUAAGUUAUCUCAUUUACCUUUGUGUUAGCUGCCAACUAUUUAUAAAUUUCACAGAUUUAUUUUGCCUUUGAAUUUUUUUGGAUAUUGCUAUUUUUGUUACUUGAUUUUGCAUCUUUUAUCUUGGUGUCUUUAUGUGGGAGGUGUGCAAUAGAGACUGACAUCGAUUUGUUUAUUUAUGGACACUGGAUAUUUUUUCACGGGACAUUUAUCAGCUAUUCCAAGGCUGAAUAAAAUCAAAAAACAUAGUAUUUUUUAUUUCGAUUCCUUAUAUUGGACAAUUUGUAUAAAGCCCUGUGUCGCUUAACUGUAAAAUAGUUAUUGUUAUGUUUUUUUUAUAGUUAACUAAUUAUUUGCUUUGUGCAGACACAGUUAUUAUGUUUUAAUCCUGCUUACUGUAUGUGUUUUAUUGCUCUUCACUUUUUGUGCUCGAGAUGGUGUUUGAGACAUUGGAGGAGAGCAACUCCUGAAGUCUAAAGAGAAACCCAAUUGACAUGCUAUAAUGGAGGAGAUCUAUGAUAUACAGCUUUUUAUUACUGUGCAGAAUUACUGUGACUGGAGCAGAUUGGGCCAAGUCAUCAUCAUGCAUCUCUCAUUUCAUGGUUUUACCGGUAUGGUUCAAAUUUGCAUUUCAGCACAUCAACCUAAGGUGGCAAAUGCAUAGCUUUAGUUUAUGCAAAAUCAGCAUUAAGGUUUCAAUGCGGCAGGUGCAGCCAAUGCAAUGCUUUCUGUACUUACAAAGUUAAAUGAAUACUCCUUUAGCUUUAACACCAUUAACACUUGAAAUGUUCUGCCUAAUUUGACAAAAAAAAAUCAUCAGAUUUGUGCUUAGUGCUCUCAGGUUUAUCCGGAGUUGUAUUAUGAUUCACAAUUGAAACCAGAGCAUCUCUAUCCAAGGCAUAUUUUCCCUUUGUUUGGUCUUGGACCUCUUCCAAGAGACUAUGCACCAUUUUAGUAAUACAUUUUGGGGAAAAGACUCGGGUUUAGUUCACUGUGAAAUGCAUCCUUCUUCCUACAUAUUGUCAAGUUUUUGUCUUUGAAGCUCUUACGCAUCCAUCUUGGCAAGCAGGGAAUUUGUCUGCCGUCUCUGAGCUCUUAUCUGCCUCAGUGAGCCAUCGGGCCUUUCCAGACCGCUGCUGUGUCGCCAUUAAUCAACUCUGGGCAGCAGUGCAUGACAUAGUGCGCUUUUGCAUUUUACUUCAAAUGAGUUCCAGUUUAAAAGCUUCCUACCUACAGUGAAGGUUAAAAUGUGAGGAUAGACAUAAAGGCUGUUAAAGGCAGGGCUGGUGCCCAGGACAGCAUUCCCCUGGUACAUGAUACAAUAAAUGCCCUAAUUUCAGUACUAGCCCAGUGCUAUUGCUGAUCCAGCGCUGUAUUUAUCAGUACAGUACAGUAACAAGCUGACUUUUUCAUUUUCUUAGUUUGCUGACAAGGUUUUGUGAGUGUUUUUUGAUUGUAGCUUUAUUAUGCCCGGAGGAAAAAUGAGGGCGAUCAUCUAAUAAAAAGACCUCGGUGAGGUGUCAGAGCUUUGAGAAACAAGACAAAUUGUAGUGUUAAGGGGGUCGCAUAACGGACGAGAAGCGCCGCGUCACGUCUAGGACAACUCUGAGGUAUCGUACACCGGAAGUGCACAUUAAAUAGCGCAAGCUUAGUCAGAUAGCGUCUACUUCAAAAUAUACGUAAGCAGCCAAUCGUCGCUGCCCGAUGAAACUCACGUAUGUCCAAAACGGCUACUUUUCAGGAACACCGUAUUUCAAAAGCAGUUGAAUGUAGCGUUGUCAUACUUGGUACGGCAUCUUUACAUGUAACCAUACUGUUGCCAGUGUAAUGAUAUAAUCCACAUUUGACCUAAAUUGAGUUUAAAUGGACAUAUGUGCAUAUUUUACAGUAACGUGGUCGAUAUGCGUUCUUCCGAUCAUUAAUUAGAAUGGCCAAGUGGCGUUUCAUAUUGACAGAUGAAUACGCUCAGUUUAUUAAAUAGCCUACGUCUUAGUUUAUUAAAUACGCUUGGUUUAUUUAAUAUUAAUUGUAAAUUUAUUAAAUGUCUCUUGCAAACUAUGAAGGGACAAUGAAUCAAUACACUGACAUGGUAAUGCUAGACAGAUAUUUGGUUUGCACAGUCCUCUACCGUAAUUUUGUCACUCCUAGACGUACGUCUGGCGUCAGGAGGAAACGUUUACCUCGAUGAAGGAAAGUCAUUGUCUCACCAGGCUAUGUUUAUUCGGCUAUCCAGUGCUGAGCUUCGAUGAAACUUCACGAGACCGGCGAGAUGCUUCCACAGGGUGGGAGAUACGCGGCGUGAUUGACAGCUUUGACACCAAAUGGAUAUACGUGAAAAUCAGAUGGCAUGAUUUCACAACUUUUCAUUGGCCAUUACGAUAUGUAAAGCAUACUGUAUACGGAGAUGAACCUGGACAUUCAAUCCGUCUAAAAAUCUCAAAAUCGGCAAAAUGGACAUACGUGGUUUUCAUCGGACAGCGACGCAAUGUUAAUCGCUAACGAUUUGGGACCAAUAUGAUGUUAUUUAAUAUUAAACUAUGUGAGUGCGACAGGGAUUUGAGCCGUGUCCAGAGUCAUAGCGGACAGCCGUCGCCAGGCCCUGCCGGUGCGCGUACAUUCAUAGAAAAUAAUGUGUUCUGUUUUUAGAUUCAUGGGGCGACGGUGCGCUUUUCGUCUGUUGUGCGACCCCCUUUAGAUGGGGUGUACCCCAAAGCGUUUAAACGCGGCUGAAAGCACCAAGCGGAAGGCAAUUGUGGGUGCUUGCCAGAGCUUCUUUAGCUAAGUGCUUUGUUUGCUAUAAUUCUGUUUUGUUAUUAAGUCGUUGUACGAUGCUCCGGUUGCUUGUUGUGGUAUUUGUCCCGCCCCUCCUCCAAUGUGAUUGGAUGGCUGAGUGAAAAGUGACAUUGAGCUGAGCAUUUCACCCAAAACAUUUUUUACCUCUGGGCGCUCAAUGCUUAACGUUGAAAAACCGCAGUGCGCCAGCAUGCAGCACAAAUAAAACAAUAAAAACUCCUUGGUGUAAACGCCCCUUUAACAUGGAUGCUGCUGAAUAGUUCGAGCAUUUUGUGUUUUUAAAACUUGAAUUAUUUGUGCUUUUUGUUUGGAAUCUUGCAUCAAGUACCAAGUUUUAUUCCCCAUUGCUGUUGUGUUUCGUUCCUCUUCUUUUUUUGCUCAUGUUUAUCAUUUCAAUAAAUCUGCCAACUGCCUCUCUUCACAUGGCUACAUGUAUAAAGUGUGUUAUAAAAGAAAAGAUUCGCCAGGGAUGCCUUUUGGUAAUGCUAAAAACACAAUAACUGUCUUCCGAGUCGAUGUAGCACCUAUCAACUAUCAAAGCACUUGGAAGUCCUGAAAUUAUUUGAAUAUGUUUUGUCAGCCUGAUCUCAUGGGGAAUUCGUACGUAUUACAGGUUGGCUAAUUCAUAUUUAUUCAUACAUAAGG